AUAGAUUAGUAGUUAUUAAGGUUGUUGUAGGAGCUCUGCCAAGACACCAUGGAGAACCAGCAGAAGCAAAAUUGGUUCGAAAAGGCAAAGCCAUUGGCAGCAGUGGUAUCAAUGCAGUUUGGAUACGCAAUCAUGGAUGUUUUAUCCAAAGCUGCACUGAACAAAGGGAUGAGCAAUUAUGUGUUCGUCGUUUAUCGCCAAGCAGUUGCAUUCCUUGUCAUGGCUCCUUUGGCAUGGUUUUUUGAGAGGAGGAAAGCAAAGCCAAAGAUGACACUCUCAAUUUUCAUCAAGAUUUUGGUGCUGAGCUUGAUAGAGCCAGUUAUUGACCAGAAUCUGUAUUUUUUGGGGAUGAAGUACACAACAGCAACCUUUGCCGUUACGAUCACCAAUAUGCUUCCUGCUAUCACCUUUAUCUUUGCUUGGAUUCUUAGGCUUGAGCAAGUAAAUAUAAGAAGUAUACGAAGCCAAGCAAAGGUGGUGGGAACUGUAGCAACUGUUUCGGGUGCCAUGAUCAUGACACUGAUUAAAGGGCCAGUGCUUUUUGGGUCACACGGAGGCAAUGAUCAAUCCCAGCAUAAUGGCACAAGCACUCAGCAUACAAUCAUAGGGUUCAUAAUGAUGACUAUUGGAUGCUUUUGCUGGGCUUCUUUCGUGAUCUUACAGGCUAUUACUCUGAAAAGCUACCCUGCUGCACUCUCUCUUUCUGCUUGGAUAUGCUUAAUGGCCACAAUUGAAGGUGCUGCAGUGGCUUUGGUCAUGGAAAGGGGCAACCCUUCGGUUUGGUCUAUAAAAUUUGAUAUGAAAUUGCUCUGUGCUGUUUAUUCUGGCAUAACAUGUUCGGGAUUGGCUUAUUACUUGCAAGGAGUGGUGAUGAAAAGUAAAGGCCCAGUGUACGUGACAGCAUUUAGUCCUCUGUGCAUGGUAAUCGUGGCUAUCAUGGGCUACUUCCUUUUGGCUGAACAAGUUUUCCUUGGAAGAAUGAGUGGUGCCAUCAUCGUUUGUUUGGGCCUAUACUUUGUGGUGUGGGGAAAAAGCAAAGACAAUUAUGGCCCAGAAGACCCAAAUACUCAAGAGCCCAUAGAGGAAAUGGACAAUGCUAAGAAGGAAAAUUUCACUUGCUGUACUCAUGGAGUCACCACUGCCACCAACUUAGGAAAUGGAAACACAACUCCAAGUGAAGAACAAGUGUGAGGAAAACUUGCCAUUUAUUUUCUAAAUCUUCGACUAUUUUAGGACAUUCCACCAAUGUCUGUAUGAAAGCAGCCAUGUUUCUUCCUGGUUGUUUAAUCUUCCAAGAAAUACAACAGCACAGAAUUUUACAGUUGUAUUGUAAGUUAUCUAAAACAAAGUAGGUAGAUAUGUAGCACAUAGCAUUAAGACAUAGAUUAUGGUGUUUGCAUAUUUAGAUGUCACGGUGUAACUAAACACCUUCAGAUUUCACAUCAACAUCCAUUCAGAAAAAGAAAAUGGUAAUGACUUGUUAAGAAGAUGGCGGUGCUGGAUUAAAUCUGCUGGAUGAAAUGAAUGAGAACAUCACAGAAUAUUGUGUUGUAUUAA